AUGCCCUCUAUACAAAUUAAUCCCAGUACUUGGAGCCAUAUUUCAAAUUUGCCCCUUAGCGAUCCACAAUUUGAUAAACCUGCUCCCGUAGAUUUGCUUCUUGGCGCAGAAAUCUAUGCACAGGUUUUGAAAUCGGGUCGAAUUUACGGAGAUCCAGGUCAACCAGUUGCAUUAGAUACAGAAUUUGGCUGGGUCUUAUUAGGAAGAAUUCAUCAAAAUUCGACUUUUUCAAUGUCAUCUCCGAAACUCGGAAGCUACUUUACUGCCUUUGAUAACCCAUUAGAUGUAACAUUGCGGAAAUUCUGGGAACUAGAGUCCAUACAUCAAAGGAAAUUCUUGUCUCCUGAUAAGAAGCGGGCUGAAGAAAUUUAUCAAAACACAGUAUCUCGUGAUUGCACAGGGCGCUUUACAGUUGCUCUACCGUUUAAACAAAAUUCGCCUAUAUUUGAAGCUAGACUUCUUAAAAAUCCUGAACUUUAUAAACUUUAUUCCGAUUUCAUGCGCGAAUAUAUUUCCAAUAAACAUAUGAGCCUUGUAUUAAGCACUGAACCCAGGCCAGAGAGUGUUUGCUAUCUUCCCCAUCACGGAGUCAUUAAACCAGACAGCAGCACUACCAAGAUGAGAGUUGUAUUCAAUGCUUCUGCAAAGGAUUCAAAAAACCAAAGUCUCAACUCCACUCUUCGACCUGGUCCAAAACUUCAUGCUGACAUAGUCACUACUACUGCGAUUUCCCCAGAGGAGCCUCUUCAGGAAUAUCGCUUGAAUACAGUCACUUUUGGGGUAACUUCCAGUCCAUACUUGGCUAUCAGAACAUUAAGGGAAUUAGCUGUACAAGAGAAAAAUAAGUUUCCCAGAGCUGCACAGGUUAUUUUGGAAGAUUCCUUUAUGGAUGAUAUCUGCUCGGGAAGUUGCGAUUUAGAGUCAGCACUAGCUCUUCAAAAGGAACUGAUCUUACUGCUAAAAUCAGGCGGGUUUGAACUUCGGAAGUGGUCAAGCAAUGACCCCGCACUUCUUUCCACGUUAUCUCCAGACGACUGUCAGAUUCCUAUAUCCUUCAAUAAAGAAACUCCCGCUAGUACAUUUUUUCCUUUCAACUUGGCGCCGACGUCGAAUGGUCUAUCAAGAGUUUGCGUACAAAGAAGCAAACCGGCAACUUCAGCUUUUGCCGUUGCCAUGAUCGAGGCUCCAGACUUCGUCUAA